AUGUGGAGAUUUCUCUGUCUGAGCUUUGUGUGGGGCCCGAUCUUCGUGAGGGACCUGAUCUUCAUGUGGGGCCUGAUCUUCGUGUCGAGCCCAAUCUUCGUGCGGAGCGUGUCCUUCGUGUGGAGCCUGAUCUUCGUGCGGGCCUCAGUGUGGAGCAUGAUCGCCGUGUGGAGCCUGAUCUUCAUGUUGCUCGUGAGAGGCGUGCUCGUUGAGUGCAGCUCCAGCUCGGCCUACUUGAGGAACUUGUUCUUCGAGAGGGGCCAGAUCUUCGUGUGGAGUCUUCUCUCUGUUUCGAUGCAGGUCUUCGUGUGGGGCCUGAUCGUCGCGUGGAGCCUACUCUUCGUGUGGGGCGCGAUCUUGGCGCGGGUCUCCGUGUGGAGCCUGGUCUUCGCGCGGAGCCGGCGACCACGACCAAGAGUGAAGGGGGGCGAGCGUCUCGAACUCAGGAGGGAAAAAAAACACAGACACAGUUAA